AUGGAGCAAAAUUAUGCAAGAAUGUUAUAUUUUGAAGAUUACAUGGAAGUUCAAUCCUCCCACAGCUGCGUGGUGGGGGGUUGGUGGGAGCGUAUUAUUCAAAUGGUUAAGAAAAUUUUGAGAAGAAUAUUCGGAAGAGCCUGCUUGAGAUAUGAGGAGCUGUGUACCAUUCUCUGCGAUACGGAAGCUGUAAUCAACGCAAGACCGUUAAAUUAUUUGUCUGAAGAUCCUGAAGAUUUAAUGCCUUUAACACCCUCUAGGUUCAUUCAGGAUACUAUAAGAAUGGUGGGAGUUCCGGACUUAGACCAUAUAGAUGAAGUCAAUAUCAAUAAGAGAUAUAUAUAUCAGCAGAAAUUACGACAAGAUCUCAGAAAAAGAUUUAGAGACGAAUAUUUGACUCUCCUAAUUCAGUCCAUAGAUAAUAAAGCUACUCGAAGACAAAUAUAUUUAGGAGAUGUGGUACUUGUGGGAAGUCACAACAAAAAAAGAUUGGACUGGCCAUUGGGUCGAGUUAUUGAACUAUUCCAGAGUCAAGAUAAUUGUGUUAGAGUGGAAAAGGUGAAAACAGCUGCAGGUGAAUUGAUCCGUCCUGUGCAACAACUGUAUCCUUUGGAAAUGAUGGACGACACUUCCAAAGGACACAUCAACAAAGUAGGCUGUGGUCAGUCUUUGGGCACAACGCAAUAA